AUGGAUAACGACAGUUAUUUGUCAAAAUUUUUGAAUGGUUUAGCCGAAAUAUGGUCAAUUUUAGUAGUAUCUAUAAACCAAUCGGCAAAUUGCAUCGAAAAAACGAUCUACCCAGCCAAAGAAAGGGCGUUUCACAUGUAUGACACGAUAACUAAUAAUUUUGAAACCAUGGGAUCGCAUGGUUCCAAUGUAUGGCAAAAAAAUGAUGUCAGCAUAUUUGGCCACAUAGAGCAACAAUCUACCACAUCUAGUGUAUCGUCAUGA